GAAACAGCGGCCCGUCUUUUCCUGUCUGGUCCAAGAUGAACGCGCCUCCAGCUUUUGAGUCGUUCCUUUUGUUCGAAGGAGAAAAGAAAAUCAGCAUCAGCAAAGACACCAAAGUCCCCAACGCUUGUCUCUUCACACUCAACAAGGAGGACCACACGCUGGGCAACAUCAUCCGAGCGCAACUGCUGAAGGACCCCCAGGUGCUGUUUGCUGGGUAUAAAGUCCCUCAUCCUCUGGAGCACAAAAUCGUGAUCCGAGUCCAGACCACCCCGGACUACAGCCCCCAGGAGGCCUUCACAAACGCCAUCACGGAUCUGAUCUCUGAACUGUCACUUCUCGAGGAGCGAUUCCGAGUCGCCAUCAAAGACAAGCAGGAGGGCAUUGAAUGACGUCACUUUCUGUUUGUCGUUUAUGUA